AGCAUACUGAAGUGUCAAAUUGGCGGCGUAAAAAACCAAAACAAUUCCUUUUAAGUUGAUUUUCCGGGAAUUUUCCAGUGAAUUAGUGAAAAAGUGAGAAUGGCAGCAACUAGAGAACGUCGUAGCAAUGCAGGGAACCGAAUUGCAAAGCUACUGGAUGAUGAGGAAGAGGAUGAUUUCUAUAAAACAUCCUAUGGAGGCUUCCAGGAAGCUGAAGAUGACCGGGAUUAUGAGCAAAAGGACGAGGAAGAAGAUGUUGUAGAUUCAGAUUUCAGCAUUGAUGAGAAUGAUGAACCGGUGUCAGAAGAGGAAGAGGAAAAAAGGACCCGGAAACGCCGUGGAGUUGUGACUAAAGCCUACAAAGAGCCUGUAAAAAAGCCUCCAGCGGCGAAAGAUAAGAAAUCUCCUGGGAAAGCUGCAGCUAAGAAGGUGCAAAAGCCUAAGAUUUCAUCCAAUAGACAUCCCAAAUUUACAGUAAUUGACUCAGGGAGGAAAUCCUUCAGGAGAUCAACGGCUCUUAAGACAGCAGCCACACAGCACAGACUGAAGCAGAUGAAUGAGGCGAAGAAGCACAAGAAAGUUGUGGUGAAAACGGAAGAAUGGAUUCCGACGCAGGAGGAACUUCUGGAGGAAGCCAUGGAGACGGAGAAGGAAAAUAUCAAGUCACUGGAGAAGUAUCAGAAGAUGGAGCUGGAAAAGAAGAAAACACGUCCCACAAAGAGGGUAUUUACUGGACCAAUGAUCAAAUACCAUUCAAUGUCGAUGCCACUGAUUGAGGAGCUGUCAACUUCCAUUGAUACCACGGGAAUAAAGACCGAAGAAGAUGCAGGAGAAGUGGACAUUUCGGUGAAAUUCAAGAGCAAGAGGAAGACAGCCAAUUCGAGAACGGCAGCAAAGACUGGUCCAAGGGUCGAGAGGACUUUUAUCACCUUCGAAAAUGAUAUUGAUAACAAAGUAUUUGAGAAGUACUUUCCACAGGCCAGGAAGAAGAGAACGGAGCAUAGAAGUCGGAUUUGUCCAAUAACUCACCUUCCAGCCAGGUAUUUUGAUCCCGUGACGAAGCUUCCGUACAGAAAUUUGGCAGCUUUCAAGAUCAUCCGGGAAGGGUAUUACAGGCAGUUGGAGGAGAAGGGAAAUCCCGAAAAUCCAGAAAUUGCCAAGUGGAUGCAGUGGAGGAAGCAGAUCAAGGAGCAGAGACAGAGAAAUAAGGCUCAGAGAAGUGUAUAAUGUACAGAAUAAAUGCUUGGGAAUGCUUGAAAA